AUGGGAAAGCAGCCGGUGAAAUUGAAGGCGGUGGUUUUCGCGUUGUCGCCGUUUCAGCAGAAGAUCAUGACAGGUCUUUGGAAGGAUCUGCCGGAGAAGAUCCACCACAAGGUCUCUGAGAAUUGGAUCAGCACUAUUCUCCUCCUCGCUCCCGUCAUCGGAACCUACUCGUAUGCUCAACACUACCAAGAAAAAGAGAAGCUGGAGCACAGAUUCUAA